CUGACGACUGACACUUUAAAAUUUGAAUUUGGUUAAGUAACGGUUAUUUUUCUACAGGGCUAUGUGUUUUUCAAAGAAUACAAUCAUGAAAAAUGGUACCAAAAAAGACAUGAUUGACCUUUUCAGUAGUUCUCAACGCACUGCUGCAGUUCACCACAAAAAUUCCAUCCUCCUGAGGAAUUUAUAUGAAGAAUCAAACCACGAAGAAUUUUUCAGCGAUAUGAAAGAAAUCCUGACAGUUAUGUUAACUAUAGAAAAGGGUGGCAAGUUUAUUGAAAAACUGAUAAUUUUUUUCGGUAAAUUUUGUUUUUUAUUGAAGCCUAAACAGGUGAAAUGCGAAGAUGAAACAGAGGAUUAUGUUGAGCACCCUUUACUGACUGAAAUCAUUUCAUUUUUAUUGAUAUGUUCUGGAUCAAACAAAGAUAUCGUACGACUCAGAGCUUGCCAAUUGAUAAACAAAAUUUUAGAUAAUCUCAUCGGGGUAGAAGUUAGCCAAGAAUUGUGCGAUAAUCUUGAGGAAAACUUGUUGAUAAGAUUACAGGACCCAAAGAGCGCUAUAAGACAACAAGCAGUGAUAUCCUUACAUCGUAUACAGGAUCCUUCCAAUCCAGAUGAUCAAAUUAUUACCCAGUUUACACACUUAAUGAAUUCUGAUAUUUUUGCAAAGGUUCGUUUACUGUGUGUUGAAAAAAUAGCAAUUAGGUCAAACGUUAUUCGUCACAUUAUCAACAGGACAAGAGAUGUUGAUCCAAAUGUCAGGUUAUCGGCAUUCAAAAGACUUUCAGAACUCACAGGAGCCCUGAAGAUUUCGGAAAGGCGAAUCAUUCUCCAUUGCGGAUUUUCUGAUCAGUCGGAGAAAGUGAGGGAAUUUGUCACUUCAAUAUUAGUGAAGGCUUGGUUACAGUAUUAUGACAAUGAUAUACUCAAGUUCAUGAAGUCUAUGAGAUUAGACACUACCGAAGAGGAUAUCGAAAAUACAACUAGUCUUUUCGAGUGUGUUUUGGGAAUAAUUUUCAAAGACAGGCCACUGAAGGAAUUAACUGGAAUGCUGGGACUUGAUGAUAAGAAGUUAAUACCCUUAGAUAAUCUAGAUUGGGAAACUGUCAGUUACUGGAGAAUCUAUGUGCAAUAUUUAAGCCAAAACGAAGAGUUUGACGUAGAAUUAGAUGAAGCUAUACCAGAAUUGAUUUAUUUUUGCAGUUAUAUUAAACAGUAUUACAUCAAUAAUCCCAAAGAGGUAACAGCUUAUGAAUUCUUAGAACACCAAUUCAUCUUGAAACAGCUGUUUCUUAUAACAAAGACUUUUGAUUUCGCUGAGGUUACGAAUAGAAAAUGCCUGAAUACUCUGGUGACCAACAUUUUAGAAAACGCAGUGUUAAUGUCUGAUACGAUUGAAGUUAUUGUUAGCACAUUGGAAUGUUCAAUUCCAAACUUCGAGAAGAGGACACAGUUUGUUAGUGAGAUCAUAUCAGAAAUUUUGUACCCGAUGGAAUCAGAAAAAUGCCAGGAAGUUGAACAGGAGAAGACCUACAAGAUUUCUCAACUCACUGUGAAAUUGAAUCUCUUGAAAGAAGAUCUAGAUAAAGCAAUCAGAGAACAAAACUUUGUAGAAGCGGAACGUAUAAAGAACGAGAUGACCCAAAUAACCGCUGAGUUAACAGACUUGAAGAAUGUCGAAGUAGCCCAGCAACAACGUCAAGUGCAAAAGAGAACCGACUUGUUGACGACGAUAAAGUGCUUGGACAUUGCCUCUGCAAUGCUGCUGUGUCCAAAAGUGAUCCAUCUCACUUCUUCAAUGAAAGCUCUGAAGGAGGAUUUCAUCCAGGAGUUACUGAUGAGUGACAACGACAGUGUCAGGGUGAAGGCUCUACGGUGUUACGCUUUGUGUUGUAUCAUCGACAAACCGACGUCUAGGAAUGGCAUUCAUCUUUUCUCAACGCCGAUAUUCGCCUAUCAAAAUGGAGAUGAAUGCGAUACCCAAACCCUGCUAGUAUGUAUAGGCGCUGUAGUAGAUCUGUUGAGGAUUUACGGAUCGCAGUUGAUGGCAGCUCCGGAAAACGAAGAUUUAUCCGAGAGUAUGCAAGAACGUCAGCAGGCUAUUUUUGCUGGGGGGACUUCCUUGUCGGAUGUUUUGCAGGGCCUCGUGGAUUUGAUGGACGAUGAGCAAUACGAGAUUCAAGAAAAGGCUUGCCUGGGUUUGUGUCAGCUUAUCCUGAGCGGAAGAAUCCUAUCACCUUCUCUGAUCUGCAGACUUGUUCUGAAGUGGUGCAAUCCUGCUACAGAUGGCGAAGCAAACAGACUUAAGCAGAUUAUCGGCUGUGUUUUGGAAAAGGUGCCCCUCAUGACAGAAAUUACUGAACAACUAAUAGAAGCAGUGUUGAUGACGGUGAAAUCUAUAUUCGCAGCUCCAAGAAUAUCGCCAUUGGCUGACAUAAACGUUGAAAAUAUCGCAAAGUUUAUGAUAGCGCUUUGCAAAACUUCACCAGAUGCUGUACAUAUUCACUCAAAUCUUGCUACGUCCAUCUGUAAUGAGAUAAUAAACAAACCCAGGAGUAAAAUGAAUGCAACUUUUUCCAAAAUGCUCCUCAUGUUGGACCUGCCAGAAAACAAAAUCACAAUCGACGAAUUGCUAAGCCAGUGCGACAAAAUCAGAGAUAAUUGUCAGGAGCGUAGCGUCGUAAAUAACGUGAUUAAAUUUGUAACAAAACUCAAUAAAAUGAAUACGGAGAGUUGUGAUACUCUGGACAAUGAUCUUGAGAGCAAAGAUUCAACAGAAGUGAUGGAUGAGGGUACGAUGGAGACUACCAGAAGAAAAAUACCAGAUAUGAUAAAAGAAGAGGAUGAAAGCAACUGAUUAGGUGAUAAGUGAAAACAUGAAUUUUUGUAUAAGUCAUAACUGCAAAUUCUUUCUUGUUAUUGAAAAUAAAACUGUUACUAUAGUUUUGAAUCUCCUUCUACAGUCUAUUUCGAGAUGACAAAGAUUAUUAAGUUACUGUAAAGUGAACGUUUAAAAUACCAGAGUUCAAGACUUUCCCUCAAUACCAAACAGAUUGUAGGUUGAGAAUUCAUAUUGAAAAAAAUAAAUUGAAGCAAAAUUUUAUGAGAGACAGCUUACACGAAAUUUAUAUAUAGUAGUAUUUUAAAAAUGU